AAAGGCAUAGAUACAAGAACAAACGUUCAGUCACUGAGCAAUGCUGAAACUACGGUUCUUAAGAGCAAAUAUAUACCAAAGAAUAUUGUCAGUGUAGCAAGCUCUGUUAUUACGGCCCCUCAAGAGAAAGUUCCUCUACAACUAUCGAUGGCGAAGAAAUCCCUUGAAUUUGAAUCUUUGGGAGAUGCCGAGACGGCUGAUUGUUAUGUAAGAGUACGCAGCUGCAGCAAUGGUCGUUUUCUUGUGGGGUUGACCAUAGAUGGGACCAUCGUUUUGACCGAUUUGUGGACAUUCACUACCCUCUGUAGAAAAAACAUCAGGACAAACGCGAAUGAGCUCUUCUACGAUUUUAUGUUCGUUGAUAAGCCUGGAAUGAAUCCAAAAAUUGGCACGAUUGCUACAGUUGUGCAGUGCGGUGAUCAUGUUGAGAUGCAAGUUCGUUACAUGAAGUCUCUUGAAGUUGCUUACCGUGUUGCCGUUACCGAAGGGACUUCACUGUUGCCUGUAUCAAAGACCGCUGACCGUGUAAUCUUGCUUGUGGAACCUUUUGGGACCAAAGUCCUGUGA